CACACAGAGCCUCCAGACCAUCCAGCUACACGUGUCCAAGGCGCACCAGCAGAAGCCUGCAUUACAUCAGAAGAGCCCCCUCUGGCGGAGGUACAAGCUACAGACCUUCUUCGCCGAAAAGCAGUACAUCCGGUAUUUUGUGGCGGAUGACGCCAAAGGAGCCGCAGACGCCGGCACAAAGAGCUUAGAUCCAAGGGAGGCAGACUUCUUCAAACAGCUUAGCGAGGACGUAGCGGUUGUAGAGGAGGAUGCUAAAGCAGAAGCCAACGUCGUUUAUGGCUUCGGUAGCCAUAAAUCUGCUGUGGUGCCGUGGCUUCGACGGACGGGCAUCGAGGAGCACACGCGGGGCUUGAAGAAGGACGAGAUGCACGCCUCGUUUGCGGUGCCAAAGACUGCCGAGAGCGAGCCCGAGUUGUUUUUAAUGCUGGAAAUCAUGGACGAGAUCUUUACAGAGGCACACAGCUGGUGCUUCGACGGUCCCGACUGCAUGCUGACCUGGCCACGGCAGCUAGCGCUGAGCCGCUUCCACACUGCUGCUGCCUCAGGGCAGAAACUACGCGCGUUCGACCCCAAGAAGGAGCCUAAUACGCUUAAGACCAACUUUGGCUACUGGAAGCAGUUUUUGACUUAUUGCUACUAGGUGGCCUACCGCGGUAGCCACUUUACUACGGCAGACGACGACUAGCGGACCCCUGAAAGCAGCAUCCAGCUCACGGGUGCCCAGGAAAAGGCGUGGGAAGCGGCCUUCCAAAGUGCUGUCGAGCAGGACCGGCCUGCGCUAAGAGAUGCUAUAUCCGUCCUCUUAAUGGCGCUGAUCUGCCACGAAUUUGGAGGCAAUCGGUACAGCUCCCUACUGCUUAGCUUCUGUGCUAUGCUCAGCAUUAAGCUGUAUACUAAGA